AUGAAAUUUCGAAAAGAUAUACAAGGGCUUCGAGUUCUUGCAAUAAUAAAUUUGUUCUUAUUUCAUGCAUAUCAUAUUAAAUUCCCGAAUGGAUGCAUUGGAACUGAUAUAUUUUUCGUUAUCUCGGGUUAUCUUGCAAGAGUAAAAUUAGAUCGUCCAUUUGGUAUCCAAGGUCUUAAAGAUUACGCUGUUAGAAGGAUCAAACGUCUUCUUCCCUUAUAUUAUUCUACGAUAUUUAUAGUGAUAAUUUAUGUACGACUAUGUUCUGCAAGUGAAUCAGUCGAUCAUCUGUCGAAGAAAGCAUUUAAAGCUUUUACAUUUGUAAUGGAUGGUGCUAUUCAAAGCCGUUAUUUUCCUGAGGCUGUUAAAAGCGAUUCGUGCAUGUGGUCAUUGCCUGUCACCUUGCAAUUUCACACUGUUGCACCGACUUUGGUUAAUAUAAGACAAAAGAUAGAUUUUAUAACGGGUUUGACAGGUGUGUCGCUGUGGGCAAUUUCACCACUAUCAUUCUUUAUCAGCAUCGAUAAACGCUUUCAUAAGAUAAUCGCUACAGUAGCUACAGCUUGGAUAUUAGCAAAUAAACUAAACUGGUCGAUAUUUUAUCAUCGAUCAGUUGUAUUCGUUGCUGAUCGAUCGUAUUCAAUUUAUUUAACUUAUUUGACUUAUGUGUUAUUUACCAAAGCUACGAAAGAAAGUAAUAUAUCAGUUAAUUUCCAAGAUCAAUCUACAACAGCGUCAGAUUCUAUAAGUAUGAACCAUCUGUUAUUCGAUGAAAAAUCAUUGUCUAGGAUCAUUAAAUUGAAUCAACUUAAUAAAGCUGGAAAUUAUCCGUCCCUUCCUGGACUGAAGAUGAUCGAUGAUUUGCCGCUAAUUUCAAAGCUUAAAAAAAUUGGUGGUUCUGGAAAUACUAGUGUGGUUAUACUUGGAAAUAGCUUUGCUAUAUCGGCGCUCUAUUAUGUAGUCCCAGCCUUCGGUAUAUCGAAGAUUCGCCAUAUUAAACUGCUUUCUGCUCCGGGUUGUUUGCCGAUCUAUAAUAUCAGAGCGCAAUUUAAUCGUUGGCCAAAAUGUCCUGAAUUUUUUAAAGAAACAAUGAAUAAAACGAGAAGUGCUUGGAAUAAGAAUCUGAAAAAUGUAGAAAAGCUUGAAGAGUUGGAUAUGAAUCAAAUCUUUCAGUAUACAGCAAUUCGUUGA